CGUCAAAAAGUUAUUUCAUUUUUGUGACAUUUGGGGUGUAUAAAAGUCGGUUUUAUUGGCAUGUAUAUCUCCUAAAUUUUUAUCGUAAAAUGCCUAAAUAUUAUAGAUUUAGACCUACUUCACCAACACGAAGAAUAAAACGAAAUAAAGAUAAGGACAAGGACACCGAAUUUUUCAGAAACGAAACGGAUUUCGAGAGGAACUGGUUGGAUUUAACACUAGCUUGUCCAGCAACGCCCUCUUGGUAUUUGCGUCGAAUCGCUUGGCGGGAAAGUCAUCCGCCACUUAUGGGUCUUCCACGACAAUUGGCUACGGGCCUUCGAGCCGAAUUACAAAUAAAUAAUCGACCCAUAUUAGUCUUCAAAAUGCCCCCAACAUUACGGACUCAGGAUAUGAUGCGUUUGUUUUAGUUUGUUCUAAGAGUCUAAAUCUGUUGUUUAUGGUGCGUUUUCUUUGGUUCCUUUGGCCUUUUAUUCAAAGUUUAUAUUUGUUGACCAAAUUUGUGUAAACAAUGAAGAAACAAAUUCUG